AUGUCUUCUUCUUGGAUAAACCUUGAAAAUUAUCUAAUUCCACUACAUGAGAUAAAGCGUGCCACCGAAAACUUCAGUGACGAAAGAUAUAUCGGAGGUGGUGGAUUUGGUGCUGUCUACAAAGGACAACUCUCUGAACGCUGGCAAUGCCGCACAGCUGCUGUCAAGCGGCUAGGUAGGGAUAGCUAUCAAGGAGAGCGCGAGUUCCACAACGAGCUUGAGAUGAUAUCCAGAUUCCACCACGAAAACAUCAUCUCUUUUAUUGGUUAUUGUGAUGAAGGGGUUGAGAUGAUUAUUGUUUAUGAAUACGCUAUGAUGGGAAGUCUUGAUCAUCAUCUCCAAGACCCAAAUAAGAUGAGAUGCAUAACAUGGGUACAGCGCCUGAAGAUUUGCAUAGGGGCUGCAAGAGGACUCGAUUACCUUCACUCUGGCCUUGGGGAAUAUAAUAGAGUAAUACAUAGAGAUGUCAAGAGUGCUAACAUAUUGCUAGAUGAAAAUAUGGUAGCUAAGAUUUGUGAUUUUGGCUUGUCAAAAUUCGGUCCCAGAAAUCAGCCAGAUACCCAACUUCAUACAAAGGUUGCGGGUACCCAGUUUUACUUGGAUCCCGCUUACCAUGAAAGCCGCAUCCUCCGGAAAGAAUCAGACGUGUACUCAUUUGGUGUGGUACUUUUUGAAAUCAUGAGUGGAAUGCUUGUUUAUCGUGAAAGAAGAAUUGGAGAUGAGCAACAGUUUCUAAUGAAUAUGGUAAGACGAUACCAUCAGAACAACUCAGACAAGGUGAUUGAUCCUCAUAUAAGAGAUCAAAUUAAAAGUAGUUCUUUUAUUACAUUCAAAGAAAUCGCAUAUCAGUGCAUUAGUUUCAAUUUAAUGGAACGACCUACACUUUGCACCGUAAUUACGAAGAUUGAGGAAGCAUUAAUUUAUCAAUUAAACAUCGAAGAUACGGACGUGACCCGGUGGUACAUACUUUCAUUCCAAACAGAAAGAACACCUUUCUUCAUCAAAUGUGGAGCAAAUUCACAUUUAGAACUUGUAAUCAAAGCAGACGAUCGUGUUCAAGAACCAAAAAGUGGUGAAAUGGUUAGGGUUGUCCCACGACCUUAUGUUCUUAAAAACAUGAGCUUGGAGAUGAUAAAAGAGGUGUUUGCUAAACUUCCAGAAGCGAUAAGCCUACUAGCUUUUGCUAGAACAGCUGAGGGAAUCAGGGUUCGGUAUUCUACAUUAUACAUGAAACUAGCCAUGAGUGUUCCAGAGCUAAGGAAGCUAAUUGAUGAGCUGGAUAAAAGUGGUGAAUUUCAAGUAGUGUAUCCGCACAAGAAGACGAGCAGUAACCGAGAGGCUGUAAAUAGCUUCUUUUUUUCCAGAUCAUCUCAUGCUCCAAAAAAUAGGCAAUUACCUUGAAAUUAUAUUUGUAAUUUAUGUUGUUGUUUUUGGUUAAAAAUAAAAUAAAUUGUUAUUAUGUAUUAAAAAUAAAAAUACGUUAUUAUUCGGGUUUAAAAAUAUAUG